AUGGCGCAAAACGAGCACCCAGCGGUGAUAUCCGACGAAGUGCAAGAAGCAAACGCUUCUGGCAUCGAGCACCCGCCAACGCUAUCCGACGAAACCAAAGAAGCAAUCACUUCUGUCAUCGCAUCCUACAUAAGCAAAUUCGAGCACAGCUCCAAACCAGCCGAAGAUUGUGGACGAAGCCAUGCCUCGCAGCCUGUCCAGUCCUUUACCUUGGCCAAGGCACCGAAGCCCAUCCCGUCGUUCACCGAGGCCGAAGCACUCCACUACAUGGGUCACUACAUACCCGCAUGGAUCAGCGACAAGAACGACGACACCACAACCGCCACCAUGACCUUCAUCAAGAUCCAGAAAACCGGCGACCAGUACCACAUAUGGACCGAUAAGCAAUGGAUCGCCUUUAAGGAAAUGGCCAUGCCUAGACGCGUGAAGCAUGCCGGAGGGGGUGAAGAUGCCGGGGGCGCCACUGCCGAGCUCUAG